AUGGUGAUGCUGCUGCUGCUGCUGCUGCUGCUCCUUCUGGACGUCCAACGUUGGCACUGCUGUCAGAGAGGUCACACACCCAACGGCGGGACAGCCACGGAGAUUACCACCUACCUGAAGCAAAUCUGCACAUGCCAGCUGCCAGGUAGGCGUAUACCCUAUGACCGUGUUGGACAUGGUGGAGUACAUGCCUACCAUACGCCUGCGCCUGUGCCUGACCACUGUCUGAACACACCGGACGCGAACAGCCAGCCCUUUUUCUGCCAUCAGCUCGGCGUGCAAGUCUCUGUCCCGUCACAAUGGCGUCCCCCCUCGCCAAAAACCACAUUACCCUUGACAUACUCAUCGUCGUCCACCGAGCACACCUGGGAACGGGAAGCCAUGUUCGCGCUGCCAACGUCCAACCCACCAGCCUGCUCUUCCCUUUCCUCGUUAGCAGAUUUCCGAGCCCUUGUGUCGUCGAUCAGAAAGUUUGUGUACUGGUACACAGUGCCUGGCCAGUAUGGCUGGGCACAGUACUCUAGAACACGGGCACAGGGGACCGCCAGCACGAUCCGUCAAAACUAUCGGUACACUAUUCACCGUUAUUGGCCUUUGGACCCACCCGUCGGUGGUACAAUAUAUACCGAAGGUAGGGAUAGGUACACAUGUACUGCACCACACGUCCUCCUCACCACGAUCAUGACACGGAGAGAUGCCGACGGCAUGAGGCACAGUUGCAGCCUCUGCCCUGCGACCCCACGUUUACCAGACCGGAAAUGGCAAUACCGUUCGAUGACGAGAAAUCCCCGGGGCGUGGCUGAUGAGAUGCAGCCGAAGCGCCGAGGGGGAAUCCUGGUUUCGUCCCGCCUGAAUGAUCGACAGCGGUCCAACGCGGGCGCAAGGAUGCUUUGGCUGGUUCAAACAAAACUGGGCCAUGUCAGGGGGGGCCUGCGUCUUGUCGCCAAAUUCAGCCUACCCCUCUACCCUACCGUCCCGAUACCGUCUUCCCUGCCUGACCAGCAAAUCAUCCAGAUCAUACCAUGGGCUGAGAUCUUAUCAUGCUAG